AUGCCUAAGAAGGUAAUGGGCAAGACGCUCAAUGGUGUCAAAAGGCCAAUCCGACUCAAAGACCUCAAGAGGCUGACACAUGAGGGAUCCAAAAGAGCUUUCCCCCCUGCCGACUUCCAGUACGACGCAGACGUUGACACCGCAGAAGAAAGUGAGCUAGAAAGCGUCAACCCUGGUGAGCGUGAGCGCUUCAAGCGCUUGAUCCGCUUGCCCCUCCGCAACGACUACGAGACGAUGGGCCGUCGACUGCUUGUCACUGGAGGUGCCACCGUGCCCUUCGUGGGCCUGCUCGAGGAGACAACCAGCCUGGAAUUCUUGCAGACACUGCGCGCCCAAGACUUCACCCACGUGUUCCUGCAGUGUGGCAGCGUUCACAACCAGAUCUUGGCACGCCUCAACAGCGAUGGCCGUGGUUCGGGUCUCCAGAUCGAGACCUUUGACUUUUGUCGUGACCUAAAGUCGCUCUUCAAGGAACACUGCCGUGGUGAGAAGGGCGUCCGGCCUGCUGGGGUGAUAAUUGGCCACGCAGGCACUGGGACUAUCGGAGACGCGCUGGAGGUCGACUGCGCGCUUAUUAUCGUCGCGAAUUCGACUCUAAUGGACGAUCACCAAACCGCAUUCGCGGCCGAAAUGGCCGCCGAGCAUCCGACUAUUAUUCAGGGAAAGCUCAGCAACCUCACCGCGUCCAUCACUGAGGCCAUGGAGGUCAUCCAGGAGCACAAACUAGACGACCUGGAGCCCUAUGAGGAAGUCGGCCUCCCCCAAGAGCCGCCACUCACCUUCAUCGACGAGGUCAUCGCUGGUGCAACUCGUCCUGAGUCACAGGUCGGCAUUUUCCAUCGUUGCAUUGUCCAGUAA